AUUAGUCCAUUUCGUUAAUGCUCUCUUAGAAUACAUGUUCAUCAUCAGCAUCCACAUAACCAGUUGUCUAUAGUGGAACCAUGAAAACGCAGUUUUCUGUCUGAUGUAGCAUCAUUUUGUGGCUGAGCCAACUAUUUGGCGGUCAAUUUUUUUAAAGAACUCUCAUUACAGGUAUGUUUUGGUAGUUUUCAGAUGAAAAUUUGAAUGAACAAACAAUAUAAUGCCAGGCAAAAUAAAGGUGAGAAUACUGGCAGGACGCAACCUGCCUGUAAUGGACCGAUCAGGAGACACAACUGAUGCAUAUGUAGAAAUCAAAUUUAGCAAUACCACAUAUAAAACUGAUGUUUGUCGCAAGUCUUUGAAUCCUCAAUGGAAUUCAGAAUGGUAUAGAUUUGAAGUUGAUGAUGCAGAGUUACAAGAUGAACCAUUACAAAUUAGGCUGAUGGAUCAUGAUACUUACUCAGCAAAUGAUGCAAUAGGAAAAGUUUAUUUAGAUUUGAAUCCUUUGUUAUUACCUGGUGUACCUCCUCCUGUGAAAAACAUUUGGACAUUGGAAGCCACUAUGAAUUCUAGCAUUGGUUCCCAAGGAGGAUCUGUUAUGACAGGAUGGAUACCAGUUUAUGAUACAAUGCAUGGCAUUCGCGGCGAAGUAAAUAUUAUAGUCAAGGUUGAGCUCUUCUCAGAUUUUAAUAAAUUUAGACAAUCUUCCUGUGGCGUACAGUUCUUUUGCUCUCCAAAUAUACCAUAUGGUUAUCACGCACAAGUUAUUCAUGGCUUUGUCGAAGAACUGAUAGUGAGUGAUGAUCCUGAAUAUAAGUGGAUUGACAAAAUACGAACUCCAAGAGCAUCCAAUGAAGCAAGACAAACUUUAUUUUUUAAACUUAGUGGCGAAGUUCAGAGGAAAAUAGGGCUAAAGGCAUUAGAUCUUGGUGGUAAUGCUGUCAUUGGAUACUUGCAAAAUUUUGAUUUGGAAGGCGAAUCAGGAAUUGUAGUCAGAGGAAUUGGUACUGCGGUAACUCUUGUGAAACUACACGACAUUUCAAACAUGCCAAAUGAUACUGUGGAAGAACUUACACUGCUCGGUUUACCGUCUAAAGCUGAAUUAGAAGGUUUAGAAUCUGAUGAUAGCGUGCCUUUGCUUUCAUCCUCUCCAAGUCACAGUCCGGUUUCAAGUUCAGUAAAUCUAGCCGUUACCCAAGUCAGUAGUAAAUUUCCUGGAUACGGCAAAUUACUUCCAAAGCAUUCGCGACAUAUUAUGAGAGUAACGCAGUACAGGUCACCCGGUUUCAAUAAGGAUAAGACGAGACAAAUGUCUUUGCAAUCAAAUAUAUUAUAUUCAAAGAAGGACAGAUCUAAUGGAUCAACUUUGUCAUUGUCUGAUGAUGUAAUUGAUGAUACUUCGGUGAGGUCUAUGUUGGCUUUAGAAGAUAUGAGAGGAGAGCCUACAGGAAAUAGAUUUUCUAGAGGGCUCAAGAACUUACGUUACUUACCACAGAACGUCCUAUCGAAGAAAAUGACACAAAUCAAAGUAAAGAUAUCAGAUUCAUUUGAUGAAGAAAGUGACUUGGAUAGCACCUAUUCUAGUACAUGGUCGAUCGGAGGUUCCGAUUCUGCUAAAUCUUCUAUCAUGGAUUUGCACCCAUCUGGCAAGAAGAAAAAAUUGACGCAUAAAAGAAGCACUGGCGAGGGAAUAGCUUCUUUACUGAUUCGAUCAAUUCACAGCGGGCUUCCCUUGGACAGCGUCAGGGAGGAUCGAGAAACGCCGACACCGUCGCCUGUCAAUUUCAUGGUAGACCCUGGAGAAUUUGUUGAAUCACAGAAAAAACACCGAACAAUCUCUGAGAAUGAUAAUGAGCAUGAAAUUGGUGCAGAAUCUAUUCAACAACAUGACAGCAAGCUUAUUCUUGAUGGUAGAAUUCAUGUAGUCGAUUCAAAACCAGAUUUGAAGUAUGAUGACGGUCAUUUGAUACCAAUGAUUUCUUCAUCUGAAACGGACACGUCUACUUCAGAUGAUGAACCUUCAGAAUCGAGCACUAAUUAUAAUAUUCUUGAUGAUUCUUCCUCAGUGAUCGACCCAGGUUCACCGAUUAUGGAAAAAUACGGAUUGAAUUUUCAAAAGCAUUCAGUCGCUCUAACACAAAACACUUCUGCAGUAACAUCUGACUAUCCACUGUAUCGUGAUCAAAAGGAUUUUGAAGAUGUCAAUACUGACGCUUCGAUUCAAGGUAAAUUCUCUUCCGAAGUAAGUGCCGGCACAUCGACCGAUGUAACUUCAUCUAGUGCUGAUUCUGACAUAGUAUAUCAUGGUAUUAAUUGUCUUGAAGAGUCAGAAUUACUUUUGCAUAAAAAGACAGAAGAAUCUGGUUCAUUUAUUACAGAAAAUAAGGAUAAUGUCAUCGAUACGAUUCAAGCAACAAAUAUAGCUUCAGCUAUUUUAUUGGCACAAAAAGAAUUUUCAAUAAAUGCCACAUCUAAUUUAAACAGCAAUACUCUUUCAUCAUCUUCGAAUACAAUUGAAGAGAAAACUGAAGUCCUCGAGACACAAAAAUCCAUUCAUGUUCUUGAUGAUUCUGUACCAUUAGCAAUGAGUACACCAACGGAAAGUAAUGCUGAAAAUAAUGCAUUUUUCCCAGAAGGAAAUCCAUAUUCGUCGACAAACUUUCAACGAUCUAUAAGUUUAAACGAACAAGAGAUCAAUAUUUUUAAAUCUCCUUCCAUAUCUAGUUCUAAGUCUGAAUUUGAAUCAUCGGAGGCUGAUGAAGAUAACAAGACUGCGGUGCACUUAGAUCCACAAUUUAACAAAUCCGCGAGUUACUCAGAACCGUCCGGCAGUUCUACGCCCAUCAUCGACGCAACUUCUGCUAAAGAUAAAGAAUACAAGAAUACAAGUGUCUUGUCAUCUGAAUUAAAUGAAGAAGGUGGAAUGAGUAAUAUAACAGAUUCUAUGAAUGAUGACAAUCAUUCAGUCAGAUCUGAAACUCCACCGACUCCAUUACUUUUGGUACGUCCUACAUCUCUCGUUGUUGAUGAUAAUAAAAAUCUUGAGAUACAUGGUCGCAAGGAAAAGUCUCCAAAGAGGGUGGAACGAACAGAUACAGUGAUCUAUAAAGGACCAUCAAGAGAAAAAGAGAAACCAAUAAUGCCAGUAGCAAACAGGGACAUCACUGGCAAAAUUGUAUCAGCCCCACCGGUUACAUCUACGUCAACAAAGUCCGUACCACACAUCGUAAUACCUUCGGUAGAAACAACCAAUUGUCAUUUACAAGUACCAGUUACAGAUAUUCAUAUGAAGAGUGCGUACACAGAAAUAACUACACCACCAAUAUUCAUUGCUUCGCUAUCAAAUUCAGUGCAAAGUCCAUUGAAUGAUCCAAGAAUAACUGAUAUCUUGAAACAAAAAUUUAGGCGUCACUGUAUGCUUGAUCUCAUAAGAACUAUUGAUACCAAAAUGCUGGUACAACCUUCUCACCACGAAAAGAAAGAUUCAAUAAGAAGUAGGCGGAAGAGACGAGAGAAAUUGAACAUACCACCUUCCCCGGAAUCGAUACACAAGACAAGAUCACACAGAAGAAGAUCAAAAUCAAAAUCACCUGAUAAAACUUCCCACAGUCAUAUCAGCAAUUCACAAUCCUAUUCCAAUACUACUUCUGCUCUAGCUGCCCCAGCUAACAUUUCAUCAAGUAAGCAUGUCUCUGCUUUCAAUAACGAUUCUCACCCCAUAGAGUCUAUCGUUGCAGUAGAACCCAACUGUAAUAAAUCGGUCAAUCACAAUGUAUCCGAAGAUAAUGAAAGCUCCAUUAAAAAAGUGUAUAACGAUUUUUAUACGUCUCACUCAAAGGAUAAUAUGUCUUCAAAAAAUGCUUUAGAAGACAACGAGGCGCACGAAACUGCUGUCCAGGUUCUUGCAGUAAAAAAGGAUAUCCCUUAUAACAAUAAUGUUAAUUUAGAAUUGCGCGAUUUAGAAUUGCGAAAUACUAACGGUGUGUCUUUACUUGAGCCAAAGAAACAUGAAAUGGCUGUGUAUAAAAGUCAGAGUGCGUAUAGUUUAAGAGAAGUGCGAGGAGAUGCUAAUGAAAUAACUAAAACCACUAACGCUGCUAAUCAUACUGACAAUUUGUGUGUGCCCUGCUUGCCUCCGUUUCCCAGACAGCCAGAUGAGGUUUCCUCGAGUCCGGCUAAUCCACUGUCAGCUAUUCCAUCCGCGGUGGUCACAAAACUGUCAAAUUCACCGGUUACCAAGACGAACAUGGCAGUUCCAAUGCAUAGAAGAUCUAGCGACUCGGAUCUCAGCAUCACACCAAAAGGAUUUUAUAAAUUCUUUCGUAAACGUAAUUCAUUAACAGGAAGCGAUCGAUCAAUGGGAGGGUACUUGAGACCAUCUACUGCAGUUAUAAGGACUAUGAACCAAGAUGCACUGGAGAUGCUCGAAUAUCCAUUCAUCACCAUGCAGCAGUAUCCUUCUGGCUUUAUAUUGCAUAUAGCUGGCUUAGUAAGUGCAAGAUCGGUGAAGUUGUUAGAGAGGAUAAGCAAUUUAGAAGAACCCGAAGGUCGUGAUUCAUGGUGGACUGAAAUAAGAAUGGAAGUACGAUCCCAUGCACGAGCGUUAGCUUGCAAUGUAGUGAUCGGUUACAAGGAAGAAACCAGUAUAUGUGACGACGUCUGUGUACUGAGUGCAUCUGGUACAGCAGCUGUAAUAAAUCUUCAUAGUUCAACUCAAGAUCAAGAUAAUGCAAUGAUUAAUCGAGUCCAACAAGGACUCAUGACAACUUCUAUGGAUUUAGAUCGUGAUAAAGUUCAGCAAAAAGUGAUCAAUUUGAAAAAUGAGAAAACUGAUGAGAUACCUGCGCAUUCGCAGCAAAUUAAUUCAAUGCAUGGGAAGGCAAAGCGUCCAUCGGAGAGCAACGAGAAUGAAAUUCCUCACAUUCUUAACCAAAAUGGCUGUAAUCUGUGUCAUCUUCCUUAUAACGAAGCUAGCGUUCCCUUUAGAGUUGAUAUGUCAAAAUGUGCCGUUUGUAGACGCGCUAAAGUGCCGGAUGUAUUAUUUACCACGAUAGAAUUGCCCGAAAAUAUUCCUAUCACAGGCAGAGGAUGUUUUAUUCAAUCAACUGUAUGCAAAAGUAAAAGAGAUCUACGAGGGGAAUUGAAUGCCAAAGAAAUAUCGGAUUGUCUGCCAUUUUUGGAAUAUGAGCUUCAUAGCUUACUGUUGAAUAAGUUAAAGGUUAAAGGCAUGAAUGCUAUCUUUGGUCUGAAAGUACAAGUUUCUAUUGGGGAGAGACUAGUGGUCGGUAUGGCUGUAGGUACCGCAGUUUAUUUAACUCCUCUUCCUAUACCUUCUGUACCUCAGAUUGCCUCAGGAAAUUCGUGGCAUAAUGAAGAACAAUUGGCAGAAAUUCAAAAAAAGCUUGUCGAGACUAUGAAAAUGAAUCGAGAGUUUUAUCAACUGAAGUCUAUUGCAGAUAUUGAGAAUGCAAAACCGAUAACCACAUCGGACACCGAUGAUUCUGAUGACGAGUUGCCUGACUUAGAUCUAGGAACUGGAUCGAAGGAUGCCUGUGUACUAGAAGUGGAUGAUGUUGAGGAUAUGGAUAGAAUAUCUCUUUUAAUGGAUGAAAGACCGCCAGUUGAUUUUCAUGUUGUCAAUACUCAAACAAUUCCUGGCUUGGAAGACCUUGAGAUUGUUAGAAAUUUACAAAUGUUCACUCAAGUGUCGAGAGCGAAGAUACCUGCUGGACAAUUUGCGUCAAUGCCAUCCAAGUAUUUUGCUAGGCUUCUUCAGACUGUCUAUUUUAAACUUCGACGCAUGGUUCCGUGCGCACUUUGUGACCUGCAAUUUAAAAUAGCACUUCCUGAACAAGAUGAAAUUCAGCUCUCUGUAGUUGGUAUGGCUUUGGGCUUAGGGGAGCCAACCAAGAUGAAUAAAUUCAAACGAAAACCUGUUACUCAUUCAGCGAGUAAAGAUCAAGUUAAAAGACUAGACGACAGCGAUAUGAUAUUCAGCUUGGAUGAAGAUCAUUCAGAGAGCGCAGCGAGUGGUUCCGACGCUACGCAAAGCACUUCGACAACUUUCCCUUCAAUCUCAUCAACCUUAACGACAGCUACUUCUGCGCAAAAAUCAAGACCACGUUCUCCGCUAAGAACAAAAUCCUACAUGGUGCACAAACACAAACAUGUUCCUCUGAAAGAAAGAUACGGGGUUGACAUAACGCCGCUCUCUUACUUGCCUGGCGGGAAGAUCGAGAGGUACCUAGGAAACCUGAACUUCUUCUUUAUUAGGGAAAGCACAUCUAUCAGAGAAAACGGUGGAUUGAGUGGUUUUACCCACAGCUUUGUCACGGAAGUCUUAGCAAUCGUGCGAGCACAUAUUACAGCUUUAGGUGGUAACGCAAUGGUCGCUUAUUUCAUGACACAAUGUGUUCUUCUUCACAGUCCCCACAAGAAUCAGGGUCAAUGUUUAAUUAACGUGGGCGGAGAUGUUGUAUCCGUUUCCUAUUUUGGCAACGAGAGGCAUUUGGGAAAUUCGAAUUGCUGACGUCAACAGCCACCUCACUCUGCACCAUCGUAAAAGAUCGUUUUCAAGAAUUCUACGCAAACUUCAAUUUCCUCUUUGCGAAUGUUGAAUAAAUUUACUUUGGUUGAUCUUUCACCUCGGAUAUCCUCUUACUCGAUAUAUGAUGUACGCUCGUAUAACUUCACGUUCAAAGAUAAAUACCGACUGAGAUGAUUCCUGAUAUUGCCAGCCGUUUUAGGUAUACAAGCACCCCUUACUCUAUUAGUGAAAAUUCCCCAUGGGGGUUCCAAUAAUGACUGAUAGAUAUUAGUACCUAUGUAUUUAUAGUCAUUCGAUGAACUGCCAUCUCAGUCGUAUCCGAUUUUAUUUUCGUUUCAAUAAUCAUGCAUUGAUAUUGUUAGUGUAUAUUGAUCAUUGAUAUAUUAAAUUUGUUUAAAUCAUCGUUGAGUAUAAUACUAGUCUGUUGCGAUUGGAUGAGCUUUGAGAACUCUUUGAGAAAUUGAAGUGAAUUUGUUUUACAUUGUUAUGACGGACACAGGUUAGAUAUUUGCGUAGAUAUUAUACUUGUUUAAUAGAAAAAUACAAAAAUUUUAAUGUAACAAUUCUAUUUCGAGCGUCACGGACAAUUUUGAAAAACACCGCUCAAGGGGUAUGUCCAUCAUACUUGGACCGAUCUCUUAAUUUUAGCUUAAGGUAUCGCAAGGUUACUUAAUAGAUUACGAGACCGAGAAUAGAUACAUCCGAAUGUGUACAUCUAAAACGUUUGUGAACAUCAGUGCAAUGAAUGAUGCCCCACAUCAUAAUUGUAUCAGUAUUACUUAUAAUUGUUACGAUUAUACAUUUUUGUAGGUUAAGUGCGCUUUGCUCGGUUCCUGAGAUAAAUUACUAAUUAAAUUAGCACACACGUCAUCAUUGAGAAACGUAACAGCUCGCUUUUUAUUUUGGAUACGGAAAUACUUAUCGAUCCUUCGCAAUAUUUGAUAAAACAAAGCUCAACUAUAAUUCAUUGGUACUUUACGAGAGAUGUUAUUGGUAUAUUAUAUAUUUAUUUAGUAUUUUUUGUCAUUAUUUUAUGAAAGAAAAAAAAGCGAUUAUGUAAUUACGUCUCGGCUAUAAAUCUUUUACAUCAUGAAAGAACAAUCAUGCGACGAUACUGUUGAUUCGAAGGAAGUUUUAAUGCCUUAUCAAGAGCCAGUACUUUACUAGACUAAAAAUAGAUUGCAAGUUCAGGUUAGAAUAUAUCAAUAUUAUCAUAACUUCCUGACACAUUUUAUUUAUGACAAGAUAUAAGCGAUUAGUCAUGAAUAAUUCUUGAACUGCGAAAAUUUCGAUGCCAAAGUGUAUGUUGAUCCUUACAGAUAACGAUUAUCUGUAAUUUCAAGGACCCUCAAUCUUUCUUUAUAGAUUACUAACAUUAUACGUUCUAUAAAUAUGAUAAAAAUGACGUGACACUUGGUAUAUAUUAAUUUAUUUGUAAAACGUGAUCUGGACGUACGAGAUUCUUUGGUUAUCCAUAAAAAUGUUAACAGUCCCUGAAAAUUGAUUGUGUCCUUUUGUUAUACCUUUCACAAUUCCUGUUUGAUUUCUUUAGAAGAAUAUAGUCACGCACAAACGCUUUGGUAUCGUCGAAGUACUGUAUUUUAGUGUCAAGAUAGAGUCAAACGAGCUAUAAUAAUCCACCUGCUCCAUCUCCAUCGCUGGCGAUAAUAGAGAGGAACGUAGAGUACUAUUCUUCAAGAAAUAGCUUUUAUGCGAUUUGCGGGAUACAAGUCAAAGACCAUCGAUAUUGGCGAUAAUCUAAUAGAGACUUUGCACAAAUGCUCAGGUAUCGUAGUUUUAAAUCUCUAAUAUUUAAAAGUAACAAUAAACGCGGCACGAAUAAUUAUAACACUGUAGUAAUACGUUUGGGGCGAUUUUCAUGCAGCUACAAUUGUUAAACAUCGAAAUGUCACGAAUGUUAAGCGCUACUCAAUAUUAUACAGUAUACAAAAGUUGAGCCAAACCAUCAGUUUCACUAUAAGGAGCUGUUUGGGUGAUAAUUUAAAAGAGUCCAUUGACGAUGAACUGAUAUCCUGGUUUGGCUAUAAUAUCAGCCGUUUGUUUGUGGGUUUAAAGUUGUACAAAAAUAUAUUCUAUGUAUAUAAUAUUA